AUGGCGCUCCCCCCGCGCUGGGAGUUCCGAGACCGGGCCUUCGGGUCGCCGGGCAUCUGGCGCCCCUUCCACGAGGCCGUCAGCGCGGAGAUCAACGCGCUGGUGCGGCGCGGCCAGCGCCGGGGCAACGUGUCCAUCAACGGCGCCGACUUCGCCGUGGACCUUCAGGACAUGGUCGCCAUGCCCACGGAGCAGUACGCCGUGCCCAGGAUGCUUCGGAAGAGCGUCCGGCAGCCGAACGUCAACAAGAAGGCCCUGAAGGUGCUCUACCAGAAGUAUGCCGACGAGCUGCCCCCCGCAGACCACCCCGCUGGGGCCGAUGGCAUCUCCGGGGAGAAGUUCCUCGAGUUUUUCAAGGACUUGGAGGUGGACCCUGGGACAGAUGUGGCCGCCCUGGCUCUGGCCUCGGCCUGCAAUGCGGCGGAGAUGGGCGUCUUCCGGCGGCGGGAGUUCAUCUGCGGCUGCGCCGCGCUGGAGGUGGACAACCUCGCAGAUCUGCGGACCAAGAUGGCGCAGCUGCGGGACCAGGUGGUCUCUGGCCAGGCCCUGGCCGAUGUCUACACGUACACCUUUGGGGUGGCCUUGGAUCCUCCAUGUAAGGUCCUCCCACUCGAGGAGGCGGCGCAAUACUGGGCCCUGCUCUUGCCCCACUGGAGCUUGAGGGAGGACUUUUGUGAGCCCUGA